AUGGACCGCAAGAGGCUGGUUCUUUCAUGGUGCGACAACGAUCUCUACAAUAACAACGACGAGCUUGCAGGUGAGAACUAUACGGAGCAGGACCGCCUAUUAGCUUACUUCCGUCACUCUCCCUUCUGCCAGCAAAACGAGUACUGCGUCAACAUAAAGACCAAAAAUCAGAGACCGACAACACUCGAGGACUGGAUUAGGGACAAGUCACACCUCUCGGAGGAGUUCACGAGAGAGCAGUUGGACAGUGGGAAGGUGAUUUUGUACAAGAUCCAGGAUUAUACCCCAUCUCGGGCCUUGAUAGCUGGGUAUUGCGUGGAGCCCGAAGGGGGGCUGCUGAGCUAUCCAUGUGAAAUGUAUUACUAUAUCAACGAUGAGAACUACAUAUACAAGCUACCAUCGUUUAAGCAAUAUACAGACAACACGUUGUACAACAUAGCCUUCGAUCUUAAACGGGCAGUGGAUGCCUGGAGGGACGCUAUUGCAGAGGAAGAGGCCAAGGGAAACUGGUAA